UCUGAAACCCACAGUCUGUCAGGAAAGAUUGGACUUUUGAGCCUGUUUUAUCUCAGAGACUGCUCUUCUUUAUUUAAUACAAGCGUAUAAGUAGGCUUCGGUUUUUUUUGUCGGUUCGUUUUAUUUUCUUUCCGCCCCGGUUUGAAACCUUCAAACUGACUCAACUCUAAGCUUUGUCUGUCUGGGGCUCCACCGUUGUUAGCCUGCUUGAUGUAAGUCAGUCGUGGUUUCAUCAAAGGAGAAGAAAACCCACGAACCGAAAAGUUUCGACUUGAUUAUCAUUUAUUUGUUCACCAGUUGGUUGAAUCGCGGGGAACGCAGUUAAGGAUUACACCGAGACAAUGAGAAAAUCAGCCGGGAAAGGUGCUCCGUGGUGAGAGGGAAGCAGUGGGUGCGGCAUGCUGAGGCCACUCCCCCGGGCUCAGGAUGAGUGUCAGAGAUGGCGCUGCCACCAUGGCAACGAAUGCAGGUGGAGGAGGAGGGGGAGGUGGACCAGCUAACCCUAACGAUCAUGAUGGCCGCUCAUACAUGCUCCAGAUCUACCCACGGCUGGCCUGCCAGCCCUCCACCUGCUGCAACCUAAGAGUGCAGAAGGAUGCAACAGCUGCUUCUGUAAUCUCGGACGCUGCCACGGCACUGGGGCUGGACCCCGGCCGCCUGUAUGUGCUGGCAGAGGUGAAGGAAUCUGGUGGAGAAGAGUGGGUGCUAGAGGCGGGAGACCUGCCGGUACAGAGGUUUCUGCUGUGGCCUCGGAAAGCCCAGGAGCAACACCCUCAGAACCUUGGCUUUUACUUCUUACUACAGGAGAGGAACCAUGAUGGCUCUAUCCAUUAUGUCCACCUCCCAUCUGUAUACACAGAGCAGGAGGCACAGCGGCUAGCUGCCAGAGGCUUCCUUCCACCUCCGCAGGAUGACUUUGCAGACCUCUGCAACCUCCCCGUCCUCAAUGAGGACAGGAUAUUAAAUAACCUGCGCACACGCUUUUACAAGAAAAAGAUCUACACCUAUGCAGGCAGCAUCCUCAUCGCCAUUAACCCCUUCAAGUUCCUGCCCAUCUACAACCCAAAGUAUGUCAAGAUGUACGAGAACCACCAGCUGGGCAAACUGGAGCCUCAUAUUUUUGCUAUCGCAGAUGUGGCCUACUAUGCCAUGCUCAGGAAGAGGGUCAACCAGUGCAUUGUCAUCUCUGGGGAAAGUGGAUCAGGCAAGACCCAGAGUACCAACUUCCUGAUCCACUGUCUGACUGCGCUCAGCCAGAAGGGCUAUGCCAGCGGGGUGGAGAGGACCAUACUGGGGGCUGGACCAGUCCUGGAGGCCUUUGGCAACGCCAAGACGGCCCACAACAACAACUCCAGCCGUUUUGGAAAAUUCAUCCAGGUUAAUUAUUUGGAAAGUGGAGUGGUCAGAGGGGCUGUGGUGGAGAAGUACCUCCUGGAGAAGUCUCGUCUGGUCUCCAGAGAAAAGAACGAGAGGAACUACCAUGUGUUUUACUACCUGCUGUUGGGAGCCUCAGAGGAGGAGAGGAAGGAGUUUAAGUUGCUGCCACCUGAAGACUACUUCUACCUCAAGCAGCAAAACUUUAAGAUUGAAGAUGAGGAAGACCUGCGUCAUGACUUUGAAAGGCUGCAACAGGCGAUGGAGAUGGUUGGCUUCCUUCCUGCCACCAAGAAACAGAUCUUUUCUGUCCUCUCGGCCAUCCUGUAUCUGGGCAACGUGACCUACAGGAGGAAGUCAACGGGCCGAGACGAAGGGUUGGAUGUGGGACCACCAGAGGUCCUGGCUACACUCUCUGACCUGCUAAAGGUUAAAGAGGAGUUGCUGGUCGAGGCGCUGACAAAGAGGAAAACGGUGACAGUCAAUGACAAGCUGAUCCUCCCUUACAGUCACUCAGAGGCUAUCACAGCCAGAGACUCCAUGGCCAAAUCUCUGUACAGCGCCUUGUUUGACUGGAUCGUCCUACGCAUCAAUCACGCGCUGCUGAACAAGAAAGACAUGGAGGAAUCUGUCCCGUGCUUGUCCAUCGGUGUCCUGGACAUUUUCGGCUUUGAGGACUUUGAGACAAACAGCUUUGAGCAGUUCUGCAUCAACUAUGCAAACGAGCAGCUGCAAUAUUACUUCAACCAUCACAUCUUCAAUCUGGAACAGGAGGAGUACCAAGCAGAGGGAAUCACCUGGCACAACAUCGACUACACAGACAACGUGGGCUGUAUCCAUCUCAUCAGCAAGAAGCCCACUGGCCUGCUUUACCUGCUGGAUGAGGAGAGCAACUUUCCCCAUGCCACAGAUGAGACAUUGUUAGCCAAAUUCAAGCAGCAGCACCAGGGCAACAAAUACUUUGUCCCCACUCCAGUCAUGGAGCCUGCCUUCGUCAUUCGCCACUUUGCUGGAAAAGUCAAAUAUCAAAUCAAGGAUUUCCGGGAGAAGAACACGGACCACAUGCGUCCUGACAUCGUGGCAUUGUUGCGGAGCAGUGACCGUGCAUUUGUGCGGCAGCUCAUCGGCAUGGACCCGGUGGCCAUGUUUCGGUGGGGCAUCCUGCGUGCCACCAUCAGAGGAAUUGCUGCUUUCAAUGAGGCUGGCCGUUCCUGGGCGGCCAAAACUUCAGGUGUUGUCCGUCCAAUCUCCAGAACUCCUUUAGGAGAGCUUCAACGGUCCAAUGCCCCAAUAGAAAGGAUGUACAAAGACAUGCAUGCAGAGAUCAUCAGCUCCAUUAAGAACUUGCAGCUGGAUGGUGAGGACCCUCGCAAGCUGCUGCAGUCCUGGGGUCGCCUCCGCUUCCCCCGACACGUCCUCCAGAAAAACAAGAACACCAAACAGAGGCAGCUCAUCCCCAAGAGUUUGCUGGACUCUCGGUCUCUGAAGUUCAUUGUGGGUCUGACGCUACACGAUCGCACCACCAAGUCUCUGCUCCACCUGCACAAGAAGAAGAAGCCCCCCAGCAUCAGUGCCCAGUUCCAGACUUCUUUGACCAAGCUCUUGGAGACUCUGAACAAAGCAGAGCCUUUCUUCAUUCGCUGUAUCCGCUCCAAUGCCGAGAAGAAGGAGAUGUACCUGGAUGAGGCCUUGGUGGUUCAGCAGCUGCGAUACACAGGAAUGCUGGAAACUGUUCGUAUCAGGAGGUCAGGCUACGGAGCCAAGUACACAUUCCAGGAGUUUAUCGAGCAGUUUGGAGUUUUGCUGCCAAAGAACGCCACUGCCUGUAAAGAGGACAUCUCAGUGCUGCUUGGGAAGAAGAUGGGCCUGGACCCCACGACAUUUCAGAUAGGCAAAACCAAGGUGUUCUUGAAGGAGCUGGAGCGACAGCAGCUGCAGGACACGCUGCACAAGGAUGUCAUGCGUAAGAUCAUCUUCCUUCAGCGGUGGUUCAGAGCUCGUCUGCAGAGGAAAGAGUUUCUGGACAUGAGACAGGCAGCCAGCUUGAUCCAGCGUUUAUGGCGUAGGUACUGCAAAGAGGAGCAAAUGCGACGUGCAGCCACUUUGAUCCAGGCUGUGUGGAGAGGGCACAGACAGAGAUUGGAGUUCCACCGCCAAAGGCAGGGCGCUACCAAAAUACAAGCCCUGGUCAGAGGCCACUCAGCACGCAGGAGGUGUCAGUCCAUGCGUGAGGUGAAACAGAGGGAAGAAGAAGAGGAAAGAAGGAGGAGGGAAGAGGAGGAAGAGGUGAGGAGAAAAGCAGAGGAAGAGGAGGAAGCAAGGAGGAGGAUGGAAGAAGAAGCAAGCAGAAUAAAAGAGGAGGAAGCAAAGAAGAGAGCAGAAGAAGAGGAGGCAGCUAAGGAAGCACAGAAAAAGAGAGAAGAAGAGGAGAAAAGACAGGCGAGAGAGCCUCAAACAAGAGAAGAUCCAGAUAUAGAGCUGGUCACAGAGGAGACGCUGGAUGAUGCUGUCCAGGAGACACGGGAGGAGAGAGGAGAGGAAGAUGGAGAGGUUAAAACAAGCUCACAUACAGAGGAGGAUGAAGAGCUGGAGGAGGAGGAGGAUGAGGAAUUAAAUUUGGAGACCAACGGUACUCUGGCUGAGGCUGGACCCCAGCUGGAUGAGAAAGAGGAGGAGGAGGAGGAGGAGGAGGAAGAGGAGGAGGAGGAGGAAAAUUCAGAGAUCCAAACACUAGGACAGUCAGAUUCAAAACCUGGUCUGCCCUCUGAUGGUGUCACCUCCAACGCACUGGAACCCACAUCUCCAGGUCAGGCGUCAGAUGACCAGGCUCCCUGCACUACCUCCACACCUUCCAAUGCUGAACAAAAAAGAGUACGACCUCCGGCUGCCAACAGGGGCCAGUCAUCCAGGAGCCAGGAGAAGAGAGAGCAGAGGAGACGAAGAGGGCUGGAGCACAACCAGAGAGAGACCGAUCGAGCAGCCUCCUCCUCCUUCUCCUCAGCAGUCGGCAAGGACCAAACAUCUCCGCCGAAGAGCAAAAGCCAAGAGACCUCUAAGCUGAAAGAGAGAUCAGACAGCAAGGAGCUGGACCAGUACACCUUUGUAGCCUGGAAAAUGAAGGAAGAAAAGGGAGGGAAGAAGGAGGCAAAAACUUCUCCUUCAGCUUCCGGUCCUGUUCGUCCGUCUACACUGUCCCUGCAGCCCGCUGACCCUGGGCCUGAGAGAAACGGCGUAGGGGAGGGUGGGGCAGCGGCAGUAACCCUGCAUCGCCGCCCUGGGGCAAUCAAGGAGAAGCCAGAGAAGUGGAAGGGGAGGAGGAGUGAUGGAGAAUACUCUGAGACCAUCAGCUCUCCUCCAACUCACAAUCGUGAGGAAAGGAGGAAAAAACAACCACUGAGUGAAACAGCCUCGUCAUCACUUGACAGUAUGUCUCCAGGUUCUGAAGGAGCUGGCAUUGUAUCAGUCAGAGAGAUAAUUUCCCCCUUAGAAGGCCAUGGUGAUGGCUCAAAGGGGAGCUCCAUCAGAAGGAAACAUCCAGAUGGUUCUGGUUACCAAGAUUCAGCCCACUCCAUCUCAUCCACACCAGACAGGUCAGGUGGUUUCUUCAGCAAGAUUUUGAAAAAACGACCCCACAAAGAGGCCCAGACUCCAGACAACGGGGAGCUGACAUUUGCUCAGAUCCUCAAUGAAAAGCCAACAGGAGGGGAAGCCCCAACAUCUGGACAUCCAUCUCGACCUCUUUCCCAGCCACAUGGUGACCGAGCUGGUAAAGGUUUUGGCCGCAACCCCUCCAUAAAGAUCAGUCGUGCCACACGGGUCUCAGAGCAGUGGAACGCCUCACUGGACCGGGAAAUCACCAACGCCAAUGAGCUGCGGCACCUCGAUGAGUUUCUGGGCAACCAGGUCAAUGAUUUCCGCUCCAGGGGGAAGUCACUGUCAGCCACAGAGGCCAUCUUUGUAACAGCUACUAUGCAGUUCAGAGAGAAUAUCAAAGCCAUGUAUUCCCUCACAAAACCCACCAUAGGCUACAAAGGUCUGAUGACAGGCUACCAGAACAAAGUGAUCCACCUGGCGGGCGACAAGCAGAAAGGAGAAGUCCAACUUGUGGUCAACUUGUUCCAGUCGGUGCUGGACGGCUUCAUCAGAGGAGAGAUGAAAAAGGAGGAAGCUGAACCUGCAAAGCCUGCUAAAGCUCGGAAGAAGAGGAGGAAAAAAGAUAAAAGCAUGGAGAGCCCCCUGGAUCAUGUUUUCGUCAACUAUCAAGUCAACAUUAUGCAGUCAUGUGACCAGUGCAGUUCUUACAUCUGGGGCAUGGAGAAGGCCUACAUGUGCAGCUAUUGUAAGAUGGUGUGCCACAAGAAGUGCAUCUGCAAAAUAGUGACUGACUGCUCCACUUUCUGUGCCAAAAAGAGUGACGAAGAGUCCGGCGGGCUGCACUUCGGGGUGCGUGUGUGUCACCUGGUCAGCGAUAAGAACCCAGUACCCAUGGUGCUGGAGAUGAUGCUGGAGCACGUGGAGAUGAACGGCCUCUACACCGAGGGCAUCUACCGCAAGUCUGGCUCUGCCAACAGAAUGAAAGAGCUGCACCAGCGACUGGAGACUGACCCCCACCAGGUCUGCCUCGAAGACUACCCCAUCCACACAGUGACAGGCCUGGUCAAACAGUGGUUGAGGGAGCUACCAGACCCACUCAUGACCUUCACACAUUACAGUGACUUCCUACAUGCAGUGGAACUGCCAGAGAAGCAGGAGCAGCUUCAUGCCAUCUACAAAGUGCUGGAGGAGCUUCCUACAGCAAACUUCAACACGCUGGAGAGACUCGUCUUCCACCUCGUCAGGGUGUGUAAGGAGGAGGCUCACAACCGCAUGUCUUCUAACUCGUUGGCCAUAGUUUUUGCCCCGUGUAUCUUGCGCUGUCCAGACAGCGCUGACCCGCUGCUCAGCAUGAAGGAUGUUGCCAAGACCACCACGUGUUUAGAGAUGCUCAUCAAUGAGCAGAUCAGACGCUACAAUGAGAAGAUGGAGGAGAUUGAGCAGCUGGAGUACGCUGAGGCUCUGGCUGUUAACCAGCUCAAACUCAAGAGACAAAACACGCACUACUGGCAUUUACCUCUCAGGUUCUCAGCUCCUUACAAAGGAGUGGUGGUGCAUGAGAAGGUCAGUUCUGAUCUCAGCGUGGUCCCUGAGAAUGAGCCUCUGGACUCAGACACAGAGGCUGAGAAGAACCUGGUGGAACGCAUCAAGUCCAUCAAACAGGAGAAAGAGGAUCUGGCCUGUCGACUGCCAGAGAUGGAGCAACCUGGUUCAGACCAGGAGAACUUGGACUCCGAAGCCUCACUGAGCUCCGAGAGUCUUUUGGACGAACAGCAGCGCUCCUCUGCCCACAGCUCAGAGCCUGAAGGACGAGGUGGCUCCCAGCUGAGGAGGUACAAGCCCAUUUGUCCACCCAAACCACCCGACCUGGCCCAGCGACCUAAAGUCCUCUGUGGACGCUUCUCUCUGUCAAACCUCACCCCUGCUAGCUCCACCUCCUCUCUGUCCAGCUGCGCUUCUUCAACCUCCGAAUCCUCCAACGCCUCCCUCAGGCAUCCGCUGAAACGCCGCAACCCCGUCAUCCCAGACACAGUUAAACUCCCUGCAGGUGUCUCUCUCUCCCAGCCUGCAGCCUCGAGUUCAACUCAGACUCACGUUCCUCCUGGAAAUCGAGCUCCUAAAUACUUGGUCAGGAGAAGAGAGCAGCCGGGCCGCCGUAAAGACAGCACCCAGUCCCUGUACAUCGACAACCCCGAGUGUGACCUGUUGUUGCAUUUCUCUUCCUGCCCUCCCUCCGCUUCCUCCUCCUCCUCAUCCAUCUCCUUGGUGGCGCGCUCUCCUCAGCACCACGAGACACAGGCCUCAAAGGGCCAGAGACGUUUUUCUGACCCAGACAUUCCUUACACGGAGGAAGACGUCUGACCAGGAUGGAACAGAGAAGAUGGAGAAGUGAGGAUGAGUAAGAGCAACAACCUCCCGAGUAGACAAAAGGAAAUGAAUAUAAAUGGCAUGCAGAGUUGCCACAGAUGACAAUGAUGGGAUUGUAGAAAGCCAGAAGAAGAUAAAAAUCAAGGGGGAACACGGAGGAAGAGAAAUUAUUGAACAUGAUGAGAUGUACUGUAGCCACAGUCUUCUGUUCAUAAAGUUUGAACAGAAAUUAGACACAGUGGAGGGUGUUUGGUUGCUGUUGUUAGAGGGAAACUAAUCAAGGAACUGCUAAUGUGUUUAAAGUCUUGUCCAACGUUACAGUUAAAAAAAACUGGACAAGAUGUUGCCAAGCACCUUUUCUAUCAUUUUGAUAUAAUGUGGGUACAGGAACACAGGCUGAAAUUUCUGUCGCCUCAUAAUGAUGGAAUUUUGUUUUUUCUUUCCCCUGUUUUUUUUUUUUUUAACACAUUUUUGCUAAUUCAAGGAAAUAAUAGAGGUUCCAGUCGCACUUUUCAUUUCUUAGUUCUCCUAAUGAGCAAAACAUGCUCACUGAAAUGUUAGCUAGUGCCUUGAUAAUGUACAAUUAUGCUGAACAAGAAGCUCAUUUGUCAUGUCAUUAUUGUGGAACAGUGCAGGGAGGGUUAUCUGGGAUAAAGAGAGGGGACCUUUGUCUCAGAGUUUUGUGUUCAUUGUACUGAACCGACACAAGACGGACAUGUUCGGAACAAGGACCUAGACAUGCGCAGUGCGACUGUUGCACAAAGGACAACAGUCUGUCCACCUUCACCUUCUACCUGCCGCACAGCAAAACACCAGAUAGAAGUCAUCGCCUUCACAUAGCAAAGGGAAAUGGGAGCAGCACACGCCACUUUCUUCCUUUUGAGACGACAAAAACACAAACACAACACCGACCAUUAUGCAACAGCCGUGCCAUGAUGUCUUUAAAGCUCAGAGUCCUUGAACUCACCUUACCCUUUUCUAAAAUGAACUUGGCUUCACUCAGCUGUGGACAGUCCCAUAAUGAGCAGCUUCUGCUGAAGCACAUUUCAGCUUUGUAUGAAAUGUAAUACUAAUGUUCCCCUCUGACUGCUGUUGAAUGAUGUCUGCUAGUCUGUCUGGAUUAUGAGGAAGAUGUGUAAUGUGUAACAGAGAGUGUAUGGUUGGGACUGAAUGACGUGAACUGUAAUGGUUAUUAGUAUUAACAUGAAAUACAAAACGUGAUGCUUGUAACAUCCUCUGCUGUGUGAUUUGAUCGGGCGCAGUUGGAAAAGUAUCUCAGUGUUGAUUUUGGACACAUAACACCGUUUACUCAGUGGAUGAUAAACUCACCAAUUAUGAAGUGGAGAAUAUUCAGGUUAUGUACUUUUUUUUGAUGUGAACUAUGAACCAUGACACAUCAGACAAAAAAUAAAUUAGUCUCCUCCAGAUGCACUUAGACCAUUUACACCAAUAUUUUGACUAGUAAUGUAAAGUAAGGAUGUAUAUACAAAUUAAUUAGAAAUUAAUUCACUAUAUGUUUAAGUUUUUACCUUCAGACAGGUAACCUACAUUUCAGAAUGUUAAUUCUGGCAAUCUGUGAAUCUUCAGUCAGCUCCCUCUCUGUCUUUGGGAAGAAUUUGAUAUGUUGCUCUGUCUCACGUAAUUAUCUGUGCGUAACACAAACUGUGUUUUCUUUUUAUUAUUUUUUUAAGUGUGACUUUAAAAGUGAUCCUAAAUCAAAAGAAACAAUCAGUGUGAAAACACACAUCUCUAUUAUUUCGGGGUUGAGUCCAAAAAAACCUUGCAACCCUGUGAUCUUCUGCCUUAAUUUUUUUUUCUUUAUUACAUUAACAUUACAUUACAAUUACAUUAAGUAUGUUUUAAGUCCAAAUUGGUUCUUCAUCAGGUACAGAGGAAUUAGAAAAAAUAAA